CUCACCCUCUCUCUCUCUCUCUCUCUCUCUCUCGUGUCAACGUUUCUGAAACAUGAAGAAGCUGAAACAGAACCAGAACCAAACUCACCUCCUCAAUCCUUUCGACCAUCUGUCCGAAGAGUUGAUGUUCAAGAUCCUGGACCAUCUCCUCGACGACCCUUUCGCCGCAAAAUCAUUCUCAUUGACCUGCAAAUCCUUCGUCUUCCUCGAAUCCCGCCACCGCAAAUCUCUCAAACCAUUCCGUACAGAGCUCCUCCUCCGCCUCCUCCGUCGCUACCCUUCCAUCUCCCACCUCGACCUCACUCUCUGCCCUCGCGUCGACGAUUCCCUUCUCAAUCUCCUCUCCUCCUCCCUCAAUCACUCUAGUUUCCUCUCUCUCAACCUCUCCAGAUCGAGGUUCUUCACCGGCCGUGGCUUGUCCGCUCUCAUCUCCGCCUGCGUCGGUCUCCUCGAGCUUGAUCUCUCCAACGCCACCGAUCUCACCGACGCUGCCGCGCCAGCCAUCGCCCAAGCCAAGGCCCUGGAGAGAUUGAACCUCGGGAGGUGCAAGCUCUUCACCGAUAUCGGGAUUGGUUGCAUUGCCGUCGGCUGUCGGAAACUCAAGCUUCUCUGUCUGAAAUGGUGUGUUCGUGUUGGUGAUUUGGGCGUUGAAUUGAUCGCUCUCAAGUGUAAGGACAUCAGAAGCUUGGAUCUCUCCUACUUGCCGAUAACGGAGAAAUGCCUGUCUUUGGUUCUGCAACUCCCACAACUCGAGGACUUGGGUCUGGAAGGAUGCCUUGGAUUAGAUGACGAUGGACUCUCAACCCUUGUUUCCUCUUCCAAAUCUUUGAAGACACUCAACGUUUCAAACUGUCAAAACGUGACCCACAUAGGAUUAUCCUCCCUAACGAAAGAUGCUGUCUCCCUUGAGCAUCUCAACUUCUCCCAUACUUGUUCCUCAAGUCCACGAAGCAGUAAGGUCACAGCUGAUCUUGCCUCCUGCCUUGGAAAUUUCUCGAACCUACAAUCUGUUAAGCUUGAUGGGUGUCUAGUGUCUUGUUCUGGUCUGAAGACAUUGGGAAACCGGAGUGCCGGGUUGAAGGAGCUCAGUUUAAGCAAGUGCAAUGGUGUAACAGAUGAGGCUCUCUCGCUAGUUGUCCAAUCCAACAGAGAACUGCGGAGAUUAAACAUCACUUGUUGUAGAAAGAUAACAUAUGAGUCUCUCGAUGCAAUCACUGGUUUGUGCUCGAGUCUCGUCUCACUCAGGAUGGAAUCUUGUAGUUCGGUGCCCAAGGAAGCUUUUGGCUUGAUUGGACAAAGAUGUCCGUACUUGGAGGAGUUAGAUGUUACAGACAACGAGGUUGACAAUGAAGGGCUGAAGGCAAUCGGCCAGUGUUCCCGACUCUCGAGCUUGAAGCUGGGAAUUUGCUGCAACAUAGAUGACACUGGUCUUGAAUUCAUCACUAGUGGCUGCCGUAUGCUGAAAGAGCUCGAUCUCUACAGGUGCCUGGGAAUAACCGAUAAGGGCAUCGAGGCGAUCUCGAGCAGUUGCCAUGGGCUCGAGAUGGUCAAUAUGGCGUACAACGAGAGAAUAACAGACGGGUCACUGAUCUCGCUAUCGAGAUGCCCGAGGUUGAAAGUGGUGGAAGUAAGAGGAUGCUCAACUGUAUCGUCGAGGGGUCUAUCUUCACUCGCAAACGGGUGUAGGCAACUCACUGUUCUCGACAUAAAGAAGUGCGUGAAUGUCGAUGACAGAGGAAUGCUUUCACUCGCCGAAUGCUCACAGAAUCUGAGACAGAUAAAUCUGUCGUACUGUGGAGUGACGGAUGUAGGAGUGGUGGCGCUGGCAAGUUUGAACAGGCUGCAGAACAUGACCAUCUUGCAUGUGUUCGGUCUGAGCCCGAGCGGACUGGCGGCUGCGUUGCUGUCAUCUCAGGGACUGAACAAGGUGAAGCUCCACUCUUCGUUCAGAUCGCUUCUCCCGCCUUCCCUCCUCCGCUUCCUCGAGUCCCGCGGUUGCGUUUUCCACUGGAGGGCCAAACCUUUCCAGGUUUAAUGAAACAAGUCACCCACCAUUGCCGAGAUAGAUUGACGGUUAGAUGAUGAGGCCAUGGCUAACAUGAAUGGUUACAUGAUGAAGCCAUGGUGACGUUUGCUUGAAGCGUACGCAGGCCUAUGUCCUAAUAACAAUUUUCGUCCGAGGUUCGAAUCUUGUUUUAGUAACCAAAUAACCCAUGAGAUCGGUCUAUUAUCACUUCAAGUGUUGAUCCAGAAGAAUUGGUAUUAAUUUGAAUAUACAAAGAUAUCGGUUUAUGGUUUAACGUCGUUCAAAAAUCUAAUGGAAGAAUUUUAUAACCUAUUUUCCAAGUUUAUUCUUGACUACAUUUUAGUUUAUCGUG